AUGAAAUUAAUAGUUGAUCCAUUAGAGAGACUGAAUUCGAGAUCAUCAUCAUCAUCAUCAUCAUCAUCAUCAUCAUCAUCAUCAUCAUCAUCAUCAUCAUCAUCAUCAUCAUCAUCAUCAUCAUCAUCAUCAUCAUUAUGGCCACUGAGUUCAUCAAUAGCUAUCACUCAACAGUGUAUUCAGUCGAUGGAUAUUUCAAUAUCAAACUAA